AUGGGAAACCUCGAGAAAGGAAAAUCUGUGGUCAUGAUUGGAAAGGAAAAGAAUUCAACUCAAAGCGUUAAUCACUCUGCUCAAAAUGAAACCUCAAAUCAUCAACCUGUUGAUAAAAUGAUGGUAAAAUGGAUAAGAGAUUUGUUUACGAAAUUUAUGAUUUCAACGAGUUCUGAAAUGAAAUAUUUCAACCUCACGAGGCAUCGAAAGAUGGAAUGA